AUGGGGUCUGUCAUUAGUCAAGCUGCUAAUGGAAUUGGAGGUGUUGUUGGAAAUGCUUUUGCAGUUCCUAUUAAGACUAUAUUCGGCGUGUCAUGCGAGGAUGUUUGUUCUGGACCAUGGGACUUGAUUUGUUUCAUCGAACACUUAUGCGUCUCCGAUCUGUUGAAACUGUUGAUGGUCUUCGGCCUCUCCUACAUAACUUUGAUGUUCUUCUACCUAUUGUUCAAGAUUGGGAUUUGCCAAUGCAUAGGAAAAAGCCUUUGCAAGAUGUGUUGGGCUGGGUGUGAGGCAUACUGGUUUGCUUUAGAAGAUAUAACCUGUUUCUUGUGGCACAAGUUGAAGAACACAAAGCGAGUGAAUAGACGCCGAAGAUUCCGAGACAUUGAAGCUGGCUACACUUCAAGUUCUGAAACUGAUUUUUCGGAAGAUUAUCGUCAUUUUGGUAGGAAAAGGAAGUCAAUAAUGGAAAGAAGAAAACUUCGGUCAGGGUCACGGAGGUCUUUCUAUCCUUCAAGCAGGUAUGGCAGUCGAGAUAACCAUGGCCACCACCAUGUUAGGUUGAAGACUAGGGAAGUCUCUGUUCAUGUUAAAGGUACUGGAUCCCGAAGACUAAGGAAUUCAAGACAGCUUCAAGUAGCUAGAACUGACGAUGGCUUGAAAAUAGUUGAAGAAAGUCCUGAGUUUGAUUGGUCUCCUUUCCUUGUAGAAAAUUCAUCCACAGAGGAAGAAGAGGACGGCGCGGAGGAGUUGGAUGGUUGGGAAAGUGACAGUGUCAAAGCGUUUAAUAAAGGGGCUCAUUUUGACAAGAUUGAGGAGUUCACUAGCUCUCUUCAGUCUUCACUUCCACCUGACACCCUGACCGUCUCAUGA